ACGGCAUUUCGCUUCGCCUUUCGCCAUCUUGGUUAAUGUUCAAUCGCUUUCCAAUUUCCAUAGUGUUGUUGAUAAUUAUUAGCUUUGUAACUUACGUACAGUAAAAUUUAACGCUAUGUCUAGCCGUAGUGAAUGCAGAAUUUACGUUGGGAAUCUCCCACCAGAUAUACGCACUAAAGACAUUCAGGAUCUUUUUUACAAGUUUGGGAAGGUAUCAUUCGUUGAUUUAAAAAACCGCAGAGGACCUCCUUUUGCUUUUGUCGAGUUCGAAGACGCCAGGGACGCAGAAGAUGCAGUUCACGCUCGUGAUGGGUACGACUAUGACGGCUACAGGCUGCGUGUUGAGUUCCCUCGUGGUGGAGGACCAAGCAGCUACCGCGGAAGUCGCGGAAGUGGAGGAAGUAGCAUGGGAAGAGGCCGUGGCCCCCCUGCACGACGAUCUCAAUACCGAGUCAUUGUUUCUGGUCUGCCACCUUCAGGCAGUUGGCAGGAUCUGAAGGACCACAUGCGUGAGGCCGGAGACGUCUGUUUUGCUGAUGUGUACAAAGAUGGCACUGGAGUGGUAGAAUUUCUUCGUUAUGAUGACAUGAAGUACGCCUUCAAAAAGUUGGAUGACUCACGUUUCCGUUCUCACGAGGGUGAGACUUCAUACAUUAGAGUCAAGGAGGACUACAGUGGUGGUGGCGCCAGGGACAGUGUUGAGAGGGGGAGCGUGGACCGUGGACGUUCACGUAGCCGCAGCUACUCGCCACGUCGCCGAGGAUCCCCCACAUACUCUCCCGUGCACCGCAGCUACUCGCGUUCAAGGUCCUCCCGCUCCUAAGAACUGAUAAAAUUCCAUAUCUAGAUAUGUAACUGGACUACCGUAUAUAUAUCGGACAGUGUUUUUCUUUUGUUUAGUUUCGUUUUUACUUGUAAUGAUUUUGAAUUGCGAGUGCUGGAUGUUUUGAUGGCCAUAAAAUAAUCUAUUUUGAUUACUCAAAUUUUGAGUCAAAGAGGCCUAAACUGAACUCUUUCUUCUUUGUUACAUAUCUAUAUGGCUACUUUUUCCUUGUUAUUCCAUGUACAACUGUGUGUGAGAAAAGGUGGAUAUGUGUUUAUAGAGACUGAAGUUUACUGUCAUUGUGAUAGUAGUUAGUUUUAUGAUGUUUUGGUUUAUAUUAUUAUUCUAAAUCCAUCUUGAAAGUAUAGUUGUGUUGAACACUUGAAUUAUUAUACACACAUUCAGUUCUUGCUUAAUAUUCAGUUUACUUAAUAUUAGAGUGUUUUUUCGACGAUUUAUUUGAAAGAAAUAUACUGUGUAUUGUACUAAUUUAAAAAAGAAUUGCAAUUCAUAUUUUGAUAGUUUUUGAAAUGCCAUGCUCUGCAUUUAUAGUUGUGAAACAGCCUCAUAUUUUUUUUACAAUUAACUUUUUAUGAUACAACUUACAGCUCCAUUUUGGAUAUGAGUUAUAAGCUGUAAAUACAUUUACUGUUAGAUUUUCUCUGUGAAUAUUUAGCCAGUGAAGAUAAAAUGUGUUUUAUUUGUACCAAUACAAAAUAAACGUAUUUUAAAAAGGAUCACAUUUUCUCCAGGAGGAAGGAUUCAUUCAAGAGUGGAUAAUCCAUUUGAGGGAUGAAGGAUCAAAAGGGACUUAGAAUUUUGGAUGCAAAUUAAGAUUUUAAAUGACGAUUCAUUUUGGAUGUGAAUUAAGAUUUUAAAUGACAAUUCAUGAUGAAAACCAUUGGAUGAUAACUUUCCGCUUCAAACAAUGGAUGCUGCUAUACCAUUUUUCAUGGAGAUUUAGAUACAAUUAUUUUUGUUAACACAUCAGAUCACAAUUUAUAGGCAUUUAAAACAUUUCUGCGAACUUUGUUAACUCGAUAAAGUGUCAAACGAUAUCUUUCACUUCAGUCAUUAAAUGGUUUGUCCACAAGGAUUUCCUAAGGAUCACUUCAUUUCCUGGAGGAGUAUUAUUUCCCGGAUGGAUCUCCUUUCCUAUUUAUCAUCUCUCCAAGAGGAUCCUUUGACAUUCUAAGGAUACUCUUAUUAUUCCAAUGGAAUAAUUGAAGAGGUUUACUUGAAGGAUGGACAAAGGAUUUGAUAGGAAGAGGAUUCCUCUUUGGACUGGAUUGUUCAGGAUAAUUCAAGAGGAUUCUCUUGCCAAUGGAUGUGUCUUAGAGUGUUAAAAGACUAAAGACUGAUUAUGGCUGUGAUGUAACUUUUUUCAAGUCUUUUUCUAAUAAUUAAAUGGCUUAAAAACA